AUGGAUGAGACUGGAACACUUAGUUGGCUGGAUGGCACGGUGAACUUCUACAGGGGCUGGGAUCAAUACAGGACCGGCUUUGGUAUCGCUGCUGGAGAGUACUGGCUCGGUCUUCAGUCUGUCUUCCACCUGACUUUGAGGAAAAGGUACGAGCUGCUGGUCGACAUGGAGGACUUUGAAGGAAACAAAGUGUUCGCUCGUUACUCCUCAUUCUCCAUCGACCCAGAGUCCUACGGAUACAGACUACAUGUUUCUGGAUUCACUGAUGGAGGAGCAGGAGACUCCCUGAGUCCUCACAACGGACAGAAGUUCUCCACCUUCGACAAAGACCAGGAUAUCUGGAAUGGGAACUGUGCCAGAACGCACCUGGGGGCGUUCUGGUACAGCAACUGUUACCAAGUAAAUCUAAACGGUGUUUAUCGUUGGGGGGCUGACAACACUAUAAAUUAUGUUGGAGUGGAUUGGUUUCGUUGGAAAGGUAACAACUACUCCCUGAAGACCAUCAGCAUGAAGAUCCGUCCUGUGCAGUAGUUCUCCAGGACCAACUUCCAGCAGAAUAUCAGCUCAUCUCUUGUGAUUUAUUUCUCUUUCUCUCAUUAAGCAUUUCAUCUCACAACAGGUCUUAUUUUCCUGAAACUGGGCACCAGCACAAGAAAACCAACUGAUGUUUAUAAAGCCCAGUUGGGCGGCUGCAGCAGGAAAGUAUGAAAAGAUAUUUGUAGUUCAGGACAGCCAGUUGACGUUUGGUGGAGGUUUGAAACUCUAAUGUGAAUCUUUA